AUGAUCAGAGGGCUUCUGACGGGCGCUAAUAAAGCGUUCGCUGAUGUGAAACGACUGAACAGACAAGACUGGAUUCGCUAUCUCAAAUCUCCGCGUUGCAUUUUCGCUCUCAUCCUCACUUUCUGCAUCCUUUCCAUCACAUUCACGCAUGUUCCAGGACAAUCGUUCUUCUGGACUAGCGAAACAACAAAAUGCUCGAGCAAAUUCGUCGAAAAAUACACUUCUUUGGAGCAAAUUGGCGCGAUAAAAAUCUUCAAAGAUUUUGAAUCUCCUGAUGUUGAGAAAAACUCGGAUGUGAUCCUCGGUAAUGGACAUGUGAUGCUGUCAGCGUUCGAUCCUACGGAUGUCUCUAUUACAUACCAGGACAACCGCCACGUGAUACCCUUCGAUAUGAGCUGGGACAUCGAAAUUGAAAAUAGCAAAGAAAGGCUGGGAAACGCUUACAUCGACUACAGAACUGGAGUUUUGACGAAGUCAACUUGCCACGGCGUUUUCGACAACUGCUUACAUGUGUCUCAUAAAAUGCUGGUCCACAGAUCGCAGCCGAAUUUAUUUCUUCAGACGAUGCGUUUCACCUGGACUGGCUUCCAUCUACACGAAGUCGAAAUUCUCAUCAAUCCUCCAACUCCAAAGUCGACAAUUAAAAAUGUCAAAACAACGGAGAAAACUGAAGAAUACACCUACAGAAUAGCAUCAGGAUUGUACGCUGCUAUCAUCACCGAGAUUCUGCCGGAAUCAUUUUUGCUGAAGGGAGACGAGAAAACGAAGCUAUUGAGCCAGAAGAUUGUGUUUGGAAUGGCGAAAACGAGCGAAUCUGCGUUGGAAGUGGCGAGAAAGAAUAUGAAGGCGGCGCAAGAACAGUCUGAUUUGAAGCUGAUAGAAGAUCACGAACAAGCAUGGAAGGAUCUUCUUCAUACAGGCAUUCACUUAGACCCCGAUGACCCGGAUCCACAUCAUAUCAUUCCUCGGGCGCAGCUCGUCAAUUCUACGGUUCAUUCUAUCAUGGCCGUCACGCCUAGCAAAACGCAAUCGCAAGCUCUCGGAGAAGACUAUCAGCUGAUUCCAAACGCUCCAAUUAUGACCCCAGAUUACUGCUACAACGGAGUAGCAACGCUUCACUCAAACUCGCUGUGGAAGGACGUUUUGACCAUUGAUGAAGCUUUUGCCCUGCGAGAUUCUUGGCAAUUGACGCUCAAGAAUCACGGCUGCAGCGGCCUUGUUUAUGCUGGAGCAGAAGGCCUUCUACAAGCAAUGGUCCUGAGCUUCGCGGGACUUCAAUUUACAUCAGAACACCUAGCGCUUGGAACUGACCCUGAAGUUCUUCACAACGAAAUCGGCCUCUCUAAUAUUCGCUACAAAAACUCUUCCAUCGACAUUUAUCUCAUCAAAGAAGACGGAAUAGAACUGCCGGAAAUUCACGUCACUGCCAGAAAAUUGUCUAAAUUUGCCGAGAAAAUCUACGCUUGCGAGGCUGGUUGUAUGCUACAGAUAGAGCCAAUAUCAGCUGAAGACAUGAAGUUUCCAAUUUUUGUUACGAAGCCCGCAACGCCAAUUUUGUAUAUUUCUCACUCGAGGGAACAUCUCGAUCUUCUUCAACACACUCUUCAUGUAGAAAGCAAAAUCUCCCACGCUGAACACUAUUCUUCCCAUUCUUCUGGCAUUUCUGUUUAUUUCUGGUACUUCUUCGGUGCAUUUUUCUUCCUGUUCCAUUUUUGUCUCAUUCGCCUGGUGCUGAAAGAAUACUGGAGUUGGGGGAGCACGCCGCAGCAAUAUUCAUAUCGUUUCAGACUUCAACCUUAG